AUGUGGGCACAAAUAGUACAAGCUAAAGUCCGCGCCUAUGCUUUAAAGGCUGCUGUCGCAUGGGCUGCCGGCGAGCCGCUCUCUGUUGAAGAUGUCGAAGUCGCACCGCCAAAAGCUCAUGAAGUUCGUAUCAAGGUCCUCCACACAGGAGUCUGCCAUACAGAUGCCUACACGCUCUCCGGAAAAGACCCAGAAGGUGCAUUCCCCGUGGUUCUCGGCCACGAGGGUGCGGGGAUUGUCGAGUCGAUAGGACCAGAUGUAUCGAAUGUUCAAAUUGGGGAUCACGUUAUCGCUUUAUACACACCCGAAUGUGGACAAUGCAAGUUUUGCAGAUCCGGCAAGACCAACCUAUGUGGUAAAAUCCGUGCCACGCAAGGGCGCGGCGUGAUGCCCGAUGGAACAUCUCGUUUCAGGGCGCGUGGGAAAGACCUACUACAUUUCAUGGGCUGCUCGACCUUCUCACAAUAUACGGUUGUCGCGGACAUCUCAGUAGUCAGUGUCACGACAAAAUGUCCCACAGAUCGAUCGUGUCUCUUGGGCUGUGGUAUAACCACCGGCUAUGGCGCCGCGACGCACGUUGCAAAUAUUACGACAGGGUCGAACAUUGCGGUUUUUGGAGCCGGGUGCGUCGGCUUGUCAGUUGUACAGGGCGCAUUGAAACAGCAGGCUGGAAAAAUUAUCGUUAUUGAUAUAAACGAUGCUAAAAAGGACUGGGCGUUCAAAUUUGGAGCAACCCACUUCGUCAAUCCGUAUAAACUGAUCAAAGGAUCGGUUGAAGAGCAGCUCAUUGAGUUAACUGACGGUGGGUGUGACUACACCUUCGACUGCACUGGAAAUGUGGCAGUCAUGCGGGCAGCUCUUGAAGCGUGCCAUAAGGGAUGGGGCGAGAGCAUUGUGAUCGGGGUGGCUGCUAGCGGGCAAGAGAUCAAAACCAGACCCUUCCAGCUAGUGACUGGUCGCGUAUGGAGGGGAUGUGCAUUCGGUGGUGUAAAGGGCCGCUCUCAGCUUCCCGGCCUUGUAGAGGACUAUUUGAAUGGCGAUUUGAAGGUCGAUGAGUUUAUUACUCAUCGUCAGUCUCUUGCCAACAUUAAUGUGGCUUUCGAGCAGAUGAAGCAGGGGGAUUGUAUUCGCAAUUUAUCCAUUCCCAAAACAUCAAAAGUCACAUUUAAAAAGUUCAAUAUUACUUUACCAAAUCUCUCCAAAAUGCCUUCAAUCCACCCCCUCAUCGACAAUGGCCUCACCAAAGGUGACCCCAACUUCUCCGGCGGCGACCUCUACUGCCACUGCUCAUCCAACAAAGUCAAAGUCACCCUGAAAAGCAACGUCGCCUAUAACCACGCCUGCGGCUGCUCCAAAUGCUGGAAACCCGCAGGCUCCCUCUUUUCCAUCGUCGGCGUCGUCCCGCGCGACGCCUUAGCCGUCACCGCAAACCCCCAGAAGCUCAUCACCAUUGACAACACAGCCAGCAUCAUCCGCAACGCGUGCAAGGACUGUGGCGUGCAUCUGUUCGGGCGCAUUGAAAAGGACCAUCCGUUCAAGGGACUAGAUUUCGUGCAUGCUGAGUUGUCGGACACGAAGGGCUGGCAGGAGCCGCAGUUUGCGGGAUUUGUGUCGUCGAUUAUCGAGCAGGGGUAUCGACCUGAGGGGAUGGAGGAGGUUAGGGGCAAGUUUAAGGAGAACGGGCUGGAGACAUACGAUGUUUUGUCACCGGCGUUGAUGGAUUUGAUUGCGACACAUACGGCGAAGGCUUCGGGGGCGUUGUCGGCUAAUCUAUAG